AUCGCCUUCUUGGGAUCUCCGCUUGGCCUGCAGGUCUCUCGCACCAGAACACAACCCCAAUUCGUUACUGGGUUUUACCGGAUUCCCACCAUAGAGUUUCGGAAAUCGGUUGAGAAUCAAAAUCGGGUGAUGGGUCCGAGUCAUUUUCAGAUUUCGCAAUCCGAUUUCGCAACGCGUUCGGCGUCGACUGGGAGAGGCCGAAAAGCCGCAACGGACUCGGGGGUCGAGAAUAUAUCUCUUGCCUUAUACGUGUGAUGGUCACGCGAGCAGUGGCUCAACGUGGGCAGAGUCCUUGCGCUUACAUCCUUUUUAUCUCUAGUUGCAACUUUUGAACAAUAGGUGUAUUCGUUCGUAAUACUGGAUCUGGUUCUGCAUUGUUGAAAUCUGUCUGAAGAAGAGGUGGUGCACUUGUCAAGAUUAUGCAGAGCUAGUUAAGGAGCUGUUUCAUCGUUAUCAAUCAUCGUUUUUGGAGCAGUGCAAAUGAAGGCUUAUUGGAAAAACCAAGAAAACAAAAAAAAUAAAACAAAACAAAAAAAAAUAGAGACUGGAAAUUAGGAGGAUGAGAUUGAUCAUGAGGAGCAGUAUUGAUGAAAGGGGAAACUUACCAUGAGCACUAAGUGUAGGCGAGUUCGUUGAUCGGUAUCCUAAUAUUCGUUGAGAAGAUGAUUUUAAUUACGAUGUACGGGGAGAUAGAAGUUCAACAGGUGCUCUUUACCGCUUUCCUGAUUUGAAGUAGUAGGCACUGAACCUUGCAUUUGAGAUCGGCACAUGGAGUUUAAUGAGGAUCUUCUGGAGCUUUAUGUCCCGGAUUUCAACGUCAACAACGGCUUUGCUGGCAUCUAUCGAUAAUUUAGUGAGCGGACAAGGUUAUGGCCUGUACAUCAUCACCUCUCGCUGUCGUUCACCUGUUUCCUAUAUUGGAUUCGAGAUGUAGGAGUUUUCAAGGAGGUAAAGGAGAAGUGGAAGACUACUGAGUUUAGAAGGAGCUGCUUGAUUUAAGUUCCUACAUAACUCGUGCAUUAACCAAUUCGGAACAAUGGAUUCUUUCUCAAUGCGCUUGGAGAAAGAAUAGUGUGUGCGUGCGUUUCGCUAUCGGAUUCUGAAGAACAUUCAACAUCUCGGCUUGGUGCUAUCAUUCGGUUUGAAAGCAGUGUGGCAGGUGCAAGUCCCAUCUCCGUAUUUCAAAUUGAAUUCUGUGACUCUGAAAAUAGCUGAUACUUUGAAAAGAUGGAGCUGCAGAAUCAGGCGAUGUUGUGGUCGGAGCCGGAGCUCGUCGGUUGGGUGGAGAAGCGCGUUGACAAAUCAUUAAUUUGGAAUCGCCGUUUCUUUCUGCUACAAGGACCUUUUCUGUUUUACUAUAUCAAAAACACAGAUAUACUGACUACGGUACCAGUAGGAGUCAUCCCUUUAGAAGGCGCUUUUAUUAAAGAUGGGGAUGACACAGACACGGGGCGCCGGUUCUGUUUUCAUUUACGACUAGAACCUGAAGUGGCCUCGUUUGCAAAGUUUGCUAGUUAUCACAUUUCGGCUCCCUCUCAGGAAGCUAAGAUGGUCUGGAUGCAUGCUGUGCAAUUGGCUUCAUUUUCGCGACCUUUUCUCUUAGGAGAGCUACAGGUUGUCCGAGAGAAAGCAAGUCAUUUUGAAUCCUUACUUUCAAAGUCUCCAUCGAAUAGGAAAGAACUGCAGCGUCGUCAAGGUCAUGAAACAAGUGUCCUUCAGAAGGAGAUAGAGAGGGUGACAAAAGCGUACAUGAAGCUCAAAGAGGAGACGAUGCAGACUUUUGCAGAUGCUGAAAAGUACAAGAAAGAUGCUAUUAAGGCUUUAGCUGUGUGGGAAAUUUACACAGAUUACAUUUCAGGAAAGAAUCAGGGAGGCAGUUGUCACACUGUGGACAGGCUGAACAACGAGGCUGCCUUGACUAAUCAGUUGUUCAGGUUGUUAUCUUUCAAACGACGUUAUAUGAAUGGAGAAGGCAUUGAAAAUGUAAGCUCAUGUAAAUUUCGUUCCACUCCUAACUGGAAAAUAAUGUUAAGUAAGAAUGACUUUUUGUGUUGUUUGUGGCUUGUAUAAAAAAAACUUAGACAUAAUCAUGUUUUCAUUGCUUUCGUAAAAAUUCAUGAAUCUGUUUCAGAACAUGAUUUGUGGUUACAACACUUUGAUAUGAAACCAACCUAGUUUUAUAAAUUUAUCAUGUGCAUUUUUUCAACUAGUUAUUGAUGUACAAAAACAGUAGGGAAUGCUUUUUUGUAUAGUUAUCAUCAGUAGCUUUGGAGCAGCUACGAGUUAUUUGUAGGAGAGGGUUGACAAUUAUUCAAGAGAGACAAUUUCAAGUAGUUCUAUGAGCCUCCAAUCAUUAUGAUUAUGAAUAUUAUGAUAAAUUUUAUUAUUUAUGACA